GAGCUCGCUGCUCUUCCAGCGACGGGAGCCCUUGACCGUGACCUGUGCCAGCGAGGUCUAUGCCCUGCGUGCCGAGCAUUUGUCCGUGGCGAAGCUCACACCGAAGGUGGUCGAGGUACUGAAGAGUGCGCUGCAGGCGAAGGGUGCCUACUUGGCCCAGCGUAUGGAGACUCUCAACGCCUUACCUGCCCGGCUGGACGCCAAGGCCGAGCGCUUGCGGGACGAGCUCCAGCGCGCGCGAGUGCCGCUGAUCCUGGACUCGCCCUUCCUGCGACGGAAGCACCAGGUCCUCCUGCCAGGCGCGCACGCGUGGUCUUUGCGCUCGUCUCAGCGGGUCUCGGGCGUGCGCGGGGACCAGGGACCGUCGUUUGGCAUCGCCUGGCUGGCUGAGUUGAAGACCUGGGUGAGUUUGGGUGGUACAAGUCAUGGGAGAAGGCAUUGGUUUUGGCGAAAAAGACUCCAAACUCUCGUCGAGCACGUGGAUUCGGGGAACGCCAUUUUUGGCGUGGAGUGA